AUGGAGGAUGAGGUCGAAGCCAUAUGCUCGGAGCUUGCCAAAUCCAUUCAGCGAGAGUCUAACCUAGAAAUUGUGGUAGACAGGCUUCAAGAACAAAUAGUGAGCUUACAAGUUUCGAGUAGCCGUUCGAGUCGGUGUUCAUCAGACUCCGGCUACGCCUCCGAAAGACUCAGUGAGUACGACCAUAGAAGACAGGAAAUCGAAAGAAUACAAAGGGAAUGUGAAGUGGAGAUGGCAUCUAUCAGACUAGAGAACUGCGCAAAAUUGCGUGAUGAGCGGCUAAGACGGAAGGUCCUCGAACAAGAGGUUGAUCAGUUGACCCAAGAGAAGGACCAAAGAUUCGCCCAAAGCGGGGACCUGGAAGUCAAACGCAUUAUUGAUACGUUGGAAUCAACAUGUGUGGAUCUUAGACGCCGCCUGUCAGAGGAAAAGGUGUCUCACAGAAACUUUCAGUGCCUCUUUUUGGCGGUUCAGAGCGAGUUACAACAAGUUUGUGAAGAACGCGACAAUUUUAAACAGGCACUUAUCCCUCAGCCAUGCACCAAAUCGGAAAAUCUUGACACCAAUCCCAAUAUAAGCAUAUCGAAACAAACGCAACAGCUCCAAUAA